CCACUGAAAAUAUCAAAACAGUAAGAUGAAAACAAGCUAGUUUUUGUCAGGUGUUGUGAGAUAUACUUUUUAAAGUAAUUGUUAUACAAGUUGAAAUCCUUCCCAUUGUUACGUUGUGUGAUUUUGUGUUCAGGGGUAUCAAAAGUUGAAGUUAAGCCGAUUUUUUUGUCUGUAAUUUUGCGUGAUUCAGCGUAGAAGUUUAGAAUAUCGUGACCAUGCCGCAAGUUAUCGAAGUUUAUGCUCCCUUCCAAACCUCGGUCGGUUGCACGCCGAAGCUGCGGGAAGUUCCAAAACCGCAGAAUGCCAUUCGCGGUGUUUCGAUCGUCCAUGGCGACGUCGGUCAACUGUCGGCCAAGGUGCGCAACUUCCUGGAGGAAUCGGUAGCCAUGUGCCGGCCCGAUCGGAUCCACAUCGUCAGCGGAAGCGACACGGAAAGCGAGGCACUGCUGCAGGUCCUCCAGGGGCAGGGUACCAUCCACCCGUUGCCAAAGUACGACAAUUGCUGGUUGGCCCGAACGAAUCCGGCCGACGUGGCGCGCGUCGAAUCGAAGACGUUCAUCUGCACGGCACGCCGUGAGCAGGCCAUUCCGACAACCAAGGAAGGCGUCAAGGGAACGCUCGGAAACUGGAUCUCGCCGGAAGACUACGAGACGGCGAUCCGAUCGCGGUUUCCUGGAUGCAUGAAGGGACGCACCAUGUACGUGGUUCCGUUCUCGAUGGGUCCGAUUGCUUCACCGCUGUCCAAGUUUGGCAUUGAGAUCACUGAUUCGGCGUACGUCGUCUGCUCGAUGCGCAUCAUGACCCGCAUGGGUCAGGAAGUGCUGGACAAGCUCGCAGAUAACUCGGACUUCAUCAAGUGUCUGCACUCGGUUGGCACUCCAGCUAACGGUAAGAUCGCUAUGCCUUCCUGGCCGUGCGAUCCGGAGCGUACUAUCAUUCUGCACAAGCCAGCUAACAACGAAAUCGUAUCGUACGGUUCCGGCUACGGAGGAAACUCCCUGCUCGGCAAGAAGUGCUUUGCUCUCCGGAUAGGCAGCACCAUUGCCCAGCGUGAAGGAUGGCUCGCCGAACAUAUGCUGAUCCUGGGAAUCACCGAUCCGAAUGGUGUCAAGAAAUACAUCACCGCCGCUUUCCCGUCAGCCUGUGGCAAGACCAACCUGGCCAUGAUGAACCCCACCCUGCCUGGGUACAAAAUGGAAUGCGUUGGUGAUGACAUUGCCUGGAUGAAGUUUGACUCCAAAGGUCAACUGCGUGCUAUCAACCCGGAAAAUGGCUUCUUCGGCGUCGCACCGGGAACGUCUAACGAAACCAACCCGAAUGCCAUGAAAACCGUGUACAAAAACACUAUCUUCACGAACGUCGCCGCCACUUCCGAUGGUGGAGUCUUCUGGGAGGGAAUGGAGAAUGAAAUAGACCCCGAAGUGGAGAUCACCGACUGGUUGGGUAAUCCCUGGAAGCUAGGGGAAUCGAAAACUCCAGCUGCCCACCCGAAUUCUCGGUUUUGCGCUCCUGCCAGUCAAUGCCCAAUCAUAGAUCCGGCCUGGGAGGAUAAUCAAGGAGUUCCAAUCUCGGCCAUUCUCUUCGGAGGACGCCGCCCAGAGGGUGUUCCACUGGUAUACGAGGCCAACUCGUGGGCCCAUGGAGUAUUUGUUGGUUCGGCCAUGCGCAGUGAAACUACUGCCGCCGCCGAACACAAGGGCAAGAUGAUCAUGAACGAUCCGUUCGCUAUGCGACCAUUCUUCGGGUACAAUUUUGGAGACUACAUGAACCAUUGGCUCAGUAUGGAGCAGCGUUGCACGGAAGCCGGUGGCCAUAUGCCCAAAAUCUUCCACAUCAACUGGUUCCGCAAGGGUUCGGACGGCAAAUUCCUGUGGCCUGGAUUCGGCGAAAACUGCCGUGUUAUGGACUGGAUCCUGCAGCGAGUCGAUGACCACGACUGCUAUCGGGAAACACCGGUCGGACGCAUCCCGGCACCAGGAGCACUGAACCUCAACGGACUGAGUAGCCCAGUGAACGAGAAGGAACUGUUCUCGAUACCGAAACAGUUCUGGCUGAAGGAGGUCGAUGAGAUUAAGCAAUACUAUGACAACCAGUUGCCGCGGGAUUUACCGACGGAAAUUGCCAAAGAAUUGCAGGAGCUCAAGAGCCGUCUUGAGCAAAUGUAAAUUAGCAUUAAGUCCAUUUUAGAUCCCCUGUAUUACUCUUAAUUAGGCUAACUUAUUGCGUAGAAUUUGUGAUAACGUCUCUUUUGAGUGAGUUCUUUUGUGAAGAACGACUAACACAAUAAACUAUUUAACAUGUCAAA